UUUAAUUUCCCAGCAGGGACAGGCCAGUGAAGUGUCUGCCUUUUUAAUAUUGUACAUAUAUUGAAAGAGCAGAGGAGCCUGCACCCAGUCACAGCUUGCCCUGGCACCAGCAUCCCACAGAGGUAUUCAUAGAAACCUAGACCGUGAGGAUCUCUGUUUCAUUAACACCAAGCAGGCUGCAUAUCCAUGGAUCUCCAGCACACGCUUCAGGUGUGGAGGAACUGGACUGACAGGCUGAUUUUUUCUGCACUUCUGCCUGGUGAAAGGUGCCUGCUUAGGAAAACAGAGAGGGGCUUCUCUGCUGGUCUGUGUGUGCAAAGCUGCAGCGCAGGGUGAGAGCACUCAGCAUAUCCAAUAUGCUUCUGUGCAGAAGGAUCUGUGAAGUGCCUAAGUUCAUAAUCAGGUCAUCUGUCCCAUCAGAGAAAUAGCCCUCAAGUUUAGAGAGCCUGUAAACCCUGCAGAGGGUUGGGUGCUGCUGCAACUCAAAGGUUGGGUGCUGCUGGCAUGGAUCUCUUCUAAAGUACCUUACACAUGGGUCAGUGCCUGCUGCAGACUGCAGGUCAUGGGGUGAGCAGGCAGUCAGAGAGCAGGGAAGGAGCAGGAGAUAAGAGGGCAUUAUGUCCUGAGCCUGCUGUUAAGCAUGUCCCAGGGCUUUUUCCUUGAAGACCACACCUCACCGCAGACUGACCACUGCGUGGACAGACCGACCCACCACUGCUGGGGACCCCCACCCCAGCCCCAGCCAAUGACCCCACAGCGCAGGACAGGGAGGAGCUGCUGGCAGGGGAUAAAAACCUCCAUGGGGUCUGCAGCUCAGCUACAGGGUCUGUGUCCUCCCGCCGCUCUGAGCAAAGCCGCCUGCCACCAUGGUGCACUGGUCAGCUGAAGAGAAGCAGCUCAUCACCAGCCUCUGGGGCAAGGUCAAUGUGGAGGAAUGCGGUGCCGAGGCCCUGGCCAGGCUGCUGAUUGUCUACCCCUGGACCCAGAGGUUCUUUGAUAACUUUGGGAACCUCUCCAGCCCUACUGCCAUCAUUGGCAACCCCAAGGUCCGUGCCCAUGGCAAGAAAGUGCUCACCUCCUUUGGGGAAGCUGUGAAAAACCUGGAAAAUCUCAAGGCAACCUUCGCCAAGCUGUCUGAGCUGCACUGUGAGAAGCUGCACGUGGACCCCGAGAACUUCAGGCUCCUAGGAGACAUCCUCAUCAUUGUGCUGGCUGCACACUUCACCAAGGACUUUACCCCUACCUGCCAGGCCACUUGGCAGAAGCUGGUUGGCGUGGUGGCCCAUGCUCUGGCCUACAAGUACCAUUAAACACUCUGGAGGCCAAUGUGUUUGUAACAGUCAAUAAAAAACCCCACAUUUUCUGGACUUAGUGUGCUCCUCUGUCUCUGGCUGCCUGUGUUAUGGGAGGGAGGGAGCAAGGGUCAUUGAAGGGGGAAGAUGGGCUCUGGACUGCUGAGACCAUCAUGGUCCAGAAAGGCAUCCAGGCUGGCCAAAGGGGAGGCUACAUUUGCUGGCUAUUUGGCCUCUCUCCAGAAGGCAUCUCCAGAAGGCACUGCUGCCCUUUCCUGCCUGCCCAGCAGUACUGGUCCUGGACCUCCAUGCACAAAGUGAUCAUAGAAUCUUUAUAAAAUCCUUUAAGUUGGAAAAGACCCUUAAGAUCAUCAAUUCCACCUGUAAACCAUAAAUCUCACUUUAAGUGCAGGCCCAAUAGCUUAAACCUUAUUGUCUUCCAGGGAGGGAAAAUACAUUGCUUUCAAAGGCACAGGAAAAAUGCUUAUGCAAAGCAUGAUAUCCUGACAGCAAAACAAAGACGGAAGUCUAGGUGCCCUGAUCUCCUGUAUCUGACUUCCAAGAUAACAAAAUACACUGUAGAAAGACUCAGUGAGAAGAUCCAUGAUAGAACAGAGGUACUUCUCAGAGGUGAUACUAUAAAUAAAUCAGUUUUGGUGAGUGAAACAGAGCGCAGCUCCAUACCCACCCAUUCAACUUAUUAGCCUUACCAAGUGUAUUACAGUAGGACAGCUGCUAGGAUGCACCUCACAUAUGGAGCUCCAGUGGGACAUCUGGGGAUACUGGCCUCUAAACCAGUGAUGGGCACAUCCCAGCCCACCUAGUACUUCUGAGCUUGCUGAAAUCAGUGGGGGGUGUGUGUGUGUAUUUCUGACCUAUUCUGUGCAGAAGAAGCUGCAGGGCAAGCAAGGGCCCCUCUGUCCCUAAACAUCUCAACCUGUGAUGCAUGUAAGGAUAUACAUUUGUAGAGAUUCACUGAAGCCAGUUUAGAUUAGGCAGAAAUUUAACCCUUUGUAUUUUAGUACCAGUACCAAUUUUUGUGUAUUUUUACAAAGUUCAUCAAAAGCGUUCCCUGAAUCAGCAAGGAAAAUGCUCUUACCAUUACUCUUGCACAUUUUGAUGAGAGUACGAUAUCUAAAAUGUGUAUGAACCCACGAGGGGGGAGUGAGGGCUGCUUUGAAACAGGACUGAUCAGAGCUUUUUUUCACUCAGAUUGGCUCAAUGGAAGAAUGUUUUUUCAUUGGAAUGCAAGGAUUCUGUGUAAUGCACACCAGUUUCAGCAAUGCUCUUCCAGGAAUAACUUAAAAAGCAACAGGGACAGACAUGUGAGUGUUGCAGAUUGUUGAAAUCUUUUUUUUUUUUUUUUUUUUUGCAUGAUUUAGGAAUAAAUUUUCUACCUUUCUCCUGAAGUUAUGUUAUGACACCUCUGUCCCACACAGGCAGCUUGUCUAACAGGCAAAGGACCCAGCCCUGCUGGCAGUACCAAGCACAUCCUGGGCUGGGGGAAAAGAAAAAGUAAAAAAACCCUAGAAACCAGUCCAGCUUUCCUGCAGCACAUCAUUCUCCUUUCAGUCAGCAAAUGGGCAUUUCAGCAGGAUUUUAGGAGAUAAGACUGUUUUCAAUGUCUUGUUCCAGUUAGCACAAAAGUGCAGUUCAAAACCUUGAAAUCUGCCGCCAAACGGAAAAGGGCUCCUGUGCCUGAGGCAUGGGUGGAUGUAACAGCAAGAAAAUGGCUGUGCGUGCAUCCAGCAGCACACGCUCUGUCUGUUCAUGUCUUUAUACCUCUGGGUCCCAAACCAGCAAAUGCUUGCAAAGUGUCUGUGGACCUCAGCAAUAUGUUUUUGCUCCAGGGUCUGUGAAUGUCUUAAUCAUUCUGCUCCUCCUCUCCCACCCUGUGCCAUGGACACAUACCAGUGGUGAUGUGGAGUGUAUCCUGCUUCCUAGCCGUGCACUAUGCCAGCACCUGGAUGGUCCUCUCAGCCUUAAUCUGCAGUUAGAGGUACAGGCAAGGGGCAGAAUGCAGUGCUGGGGUUGCAGAGCCAGUGUACCAGGCUUUCCAGGUGAGAGUUGCACCUCUCUUGUGUGAAGCAAGAGCAAAGUUAUGGCCACCAACAGCCCUUCUGACCCCAAAGGGGGGCUAGAGGUGAGUCCUGGAUGCAAGCCAGGCAAACACCACAGCAAACCUGGUGUUGAAAUGACCUGCCUAGUCCCCACAGUGUGGCAUCAGUAGCUCUAACAUCUCUUUACAGAGGAAGUGGUGUCAGUAAUGGCUCCUUCCUUUGCAGCCAAGGAAUGGAGCAGCCCAGGGAAAGUGGCUUGAUCAAAGUGCCUCCAACAGCUGGUGGGAAAGCAGGAAUCAAAUGUGCAUUUCCAGGCCAUCACGCUGUGCACAUUGUCCUCUCUGGGGAGGAGAGCCCAGCCUCACCAGCACAGUGAUGGGGCAAAAGCAGUGCUGGUGUUUUACCAUGAGACAAAAUAGUCAUCAGGGCAUUUCUGCAGUGGCUGUGCAGAGUGAUGCUGGGAUGCUCAGGCAGGGCUGGGAGCCACGAAAUGUCCAGGACACAGUGAGCCAUCAGCUUGGUCCUUAGCAGCUAGCUCACAUUCAGGACCUGACUUCUGCCUUGCUCUCUGUUACGCCCUUUCAGUGAGCCCCAGAUGCUCACCAUGAACCCCAGCAUCUCUACAUAGUGCAAACACCCUUUUGGAGCCCAGGGUCCCUUUGAAGUGGUUCCAGCCCUCCAUGGCCUGAUCAAAGCAGGGCUAGAAGAUGCACAUUCCCACUUUGCUGUCUGCUGCUUCCAUUCCAGGGGGAAGGAGCAAGCUCCUGCUCUCAGCUAGGAGAACACAAGGUACUGGCACAGAGUGAGAGGAGCAUGGACAGGGUUGUUCAGCUGGGAAAGGAAGAUCACAGCAAAUAAAGUGGGAACAAAGACGCCCUUGAAAUCUACUGGUUUAUGACACAAGAAAUUGCAUGUUUUGGAGGAGGGAGAAGAGGCUGGCCUGGAUCCAGAGUGGCAGAGGCUGGGUAUGGAUAUCACUCCUGCUGAUAAGGGCUCUGGUGAAGCUUGGUGCUGGACACUCCCUUUUGCAAUCAGUGACAAAUAAAUUCUGCUUGUUUCAGAAAGACUGUCACUGUAGCUGCCUUUUGCCAUCAUUGGGAUCAUUUAUCUAUUAAAAGGGAUGGUUCCCAUCCAUGGAAGUGGGCAUGGCCUAGUGAGGGGCCAAGAAAUGAAGAACAACUUUGGGAAUCUUCCAGCCACCAAAGUGAACAGCCAGCAGGAAGGAUGCUUGAGGCAAGAGUCCUGACCAUAGUGAAAUCCAUCCCAGGCAGACAGAAAAAGGGGCCCUAAUUUUCCUUCUGGGGAUAAGCAUGCUGUAGGGUGCUGCUGUGGGUGCACUAGGGGAAAGAUCUCCCUUUGACACUGUGAACUGGAAAAAAGCUACAGAAUUUGCUUCUAAUUGGCACUGUUUUGGUUGUGAUGAGCAUUUCCCUUCCCAUCCUGUGCCACCAAACAGCUCCCUCAGCAGACAACCCCUGUACUGGGAGCUCUGAGCAUCCAAAAAUUGCCAGCCAGGCCUUUGCCCCCAAGCCAUAAAGCAGGUGGCCUUAAAAUGUACUUAAAAUGAACUCUUUCUUACAAAAAUGGAUGCGGUGGAUGGAACCCCUGAAGAAGCCCCAAGCAGAGCACAGGGCUUGGACUGUCUGGGCUAUUUGCACCUUUGUUUUCUGCCAAGUGUCUCUGCCAUCCCACAGCGUACAGGGCUGCUUGCAGCGAAUGCUCAUGGUGUCCUGGCUGAGAUCACCCUGUUAUCCUUGCAGGCACCUUCGGGGCUGUACCUGCUUGACUGUGAGCUUGUGCCUCUGACAGCAUUAUGGACCACUGCCCAACUGUUGUAAACAGCCUCCAGGCCUGCCCAACAUAGCAGGUUUCCUUAAAAUGUCUUUGUGGCUAACCACCCUUAAAACUAAAAAGCCAUUGGAAGUCUUUCACAGGGAGUUUAGUGUCAUGCUGUUUCCUUCUGUCAGCUGAUAACUACCCUGUGGCACUGAUGGAAUUGCUGGAGAUGAUGUGAAAAGCACCUUGAAGGAAUCACUUGCCAAGAUGGGACGACGUUCUCCAGCAGAAACACUGCAAGCUCAGGAGAUGCUGCUGCCCACAGCACUGAGUGAGGAGGAGCCACGUAGGAUGUGGAGGGACAGGGCUGAAGGAGAAGGAAGGCAAGAUAAGCCAAAGCUCAGCAAGCCCCAUGAGCUGUUCAUCCUUUGCUGCUUCUCUUGGUUUAGCAUCUCGCCUCAUGCCUGGGAUGGGCAUUUGAAACUGCCCUCAUGGGAUGGUGCAUCCAAGCUCUUUUGGUGCUGAGGUACCACAGGACUGAUGCCACCAGUUCACCAGUAUACUCUGCUAAUAAAGAAUCUGGAAGCUGUGUCCGCAGAGCAAUUUGCUGACAUUACAGCUUCCUCAUUUCUUAUGUCUAUAUUAAAUGGGAAAACAUGUGCAUGAGCCAUUUUGCAAACAUAGCAGAACUAGAGUUGCAAUUAGACAAUUUAGUUUAAAGUCAGGUCACCAGUUGCAGCUGAAGACAGAGCUCAGUACCUCACUCUAUAACACACUUCUUGCAUCAAUGCUUCCUACAGUGCAUCAGGACCCAGUUUGAAAAAUUAUACUGGUACGAAUACUUUGACAGCCUCCCUUGUUAGUAAAAAAACACCUUGGAUCAAGACGCCUUCUCAAGUAGGAGGGUGGAAAAAGUCACAACUUUCAAAGAUCUAGUAACUGCAGGGAGUAAUGGUAUUGACCAGAUGUAAGGCUGGAAGAACUUAUUGACAGUUUUAUUUGGAGCAGGCAGAGAAAAGACAAGGUAGAGCUCUUUGGAUUUGUAAAGGCUCUUGCUAAGAAGAAGACAUGAGGGCAGACUUCAUCCUGUACCAGUGAGACAUCAUCCCUGCCAGGCCAUUUCUUGGGGCUGAAUUAUUUGAUGUGAACAAGGAAUCUGAUCAAGACAGCUAUACCAACAGUAAAACUGCUGCUUUGCCAGGACAGCAUACUGCUUUUGGGGUACAAGGUAUGCUAUAUACCAAAAAAACUUUUUUUUCAAGUGUAAGCAGUGUCUGCACUCAAGAGUUUGUCAGUACUAGUGCCUGGUACAGCAAAACCAUCCAACUGUUGCCAUGCAGACAAGGUUUUAUUACCUAUUUCUGCUAGCUGUCUGAAAAAAUAAAUAGGUCCCUAUUUGGUUCUGCCUUUUAUUUGGUGUACACCCUAUUCCUGGUUUGAUCAGGCUCAGAACUGUGCCCCAAAGCCACCCAGUUAUUAGACUAAGGGAUAGUCAUCAGCCCCAUACAGUAAUGAAGCAUUCAAUAUCUAAACAAAAUAAAAGUUGUGUUGUCCUCUUCCUGGAGGGCUAGCAGAUAAAAUUAACAUUGGUUUUGCACAGUACAGCCUGGUCCUAGGUGGCAUCAGGUGGGACUGACUGUCCACGUGGGUGAUGUGUCUGGCUUGUACCUCAAGUUGCGCCAGGGGAGAUUUAGAUUGGAUAUUAGGAAAGUUUUCUUCACUGAAAAGGUGUUCAAGCAUUGGAACAGACUGUCCAGGGAUGUGGUGGAGUCACCAUCCCUGGAAAUGUUCAAAAAAGGUGUAGAUGUGGUGCUUAGGGACAUGGUUUAGUGGUGGACUUGGCAGUCCUGGGUUAACGGUUGGACUUGAUGGUAUUAAAGUUUUUUUCCAGCCUAAAUGGUUCUAUGAUUCUAUGAUUCCUCAUAGGACUAAGGAUAGGGGUAGCGCUGUGCUCUUGAGACCUGCAACUCAGAGGCAUGCCUUCAAGGUGAAUCCACUUUCUCUGUUGACAGGGAAUUGCACUGGAGAUGGGAAAUAGAGUUUAGGUUCAUGAUGGCAUGGACAGUAAUGAUGGACAAUGACGAUGGACAACAAAUCUGAAGCUCUUUGCUAGGAGAGACAAGAAAGAACAUUCUUACAUUAAAAUCAUGGGUCCUAGAUUUGGGAGUGAUCAUUCAAUCCUUGUUCCCCAGUAAUCCUCUACUCCUUUGAGCUGGGGUGGAUGAUGCCUAGAGCUGUUCAGGAUGAAUUCCAGGAACGCAGGGCACCAAUGCACAUUAAAAGCCUGAAAACAUGGUGAAGAUGGAGACUGCAAACUCUUUGAACAUCUUCUUCUUGGGUCUGCAUCACAUGUUCAGCCCCCAGCCUCUGGCUGCUGCUGAAAUGCUCGAAACCCACAGCUGGGGAGGAGCCGUGCAGGCAGCUCCACCUGCACUUGGGGCUGCAAAUACAAGUGCAUGGGUAUGAGAUGAUGCUUGUCCACUCAAAGACUGAGGGGGAAAAGGGCCCCUUUUCCCCUUGGACAGCAUCCAAAAUUGCUAUCUUUCCUUGUGCAGCCCAGCUCCCUCCCCAGCCCCAACCAAUAGCUACGUGAAUUGAGAUUAGAACAAGCGGUUACUAGUGUAUAAAAAUCCCUGGGGCAGACUUCUGCUCCACUUCCUUGUCAUUGUUCAGGGAAGCCCCAGCCAAACCCUCCUGCUCUACACCAUGGUGCACUGGACAGCUGAAGAGAAGCAGCUCAUCACUGGCCUCUGGGGCAAGGUCAAUGUGGCCGAAUGUGGUGCU